CUUUCUCUGCGACCACGACCCUCUUCUUGCUCUGUAUAGUCUCAUCAUACCCUCAUCUGUACUCUAUCAUGGAACAACUCACGAUGUCGCUCGCGCCUGCGCGUACGAGCCAAAAGUCCGCUGCUGCAGGGUCUGGCGGGGAGAGUGCUGGGAGUGUCACGAAGCGGCUUAGCAGCGAACUUAUGACUCUCAUGAUGUCUUCUUCUCCUGGUAUUUCGGCGUUCCCGAAGUCGGACGCUAACUUAUUCGAGUGGGCGGGGACAAUUGAAGGCGCGCCGAGUACAAUCUACGCUGGCCUGACUUUCAAGAUCUCCAUUUCGUUUCCCUCCAACUACCCAUACGCAGCUCCCAUCAUCAGAUUCGUCACACCAUGCUAUCACCCAAAUGUUGAUAUUGUGGGAGGCGCGAUCUGCCUAGACAUUCUCCAGGAUAAAUGGUCUGCUGUGUACAGUGUUCAGACGAUCCUCCUUUCCCUGCAGUCUCUCCUUGGUGAACCCAACAAUGCGUCACCACUGAACCCAGAUGCUGCUAACCUCUGGGACUCGCCUGAAGAUUUCAAGGCGCAACUAAUGAAGCAUUACCGUCCCAUCAACGAUGAGGGCUCCGCAUAGUGUGUUGCCUUGCCUUCCGUGUAUCAUGCCUCAUUUCAGCCCCAUUGUUUUCUACAUCGCAUGUUUCUGUCAUCGUUCAAGGGAUUAGGACUACAUACAUUUGCAUUAUCGGAUCCCGGUGCGCCAUGUUACAUACAGGAUUAUACAUGUGUGCUCUCAACUGUUGCACUGUGUGAACGACGGCUACUAUUGGGGUGUUCAUACUUAACAGUCAAGCUAAACAUGGCGUAUACCAGAGUGCUCUUCCCGCUUGUUAGUCUCUAUUAGCCUGCGUUGAUGGUUGGGCCCCGAUGACAUCUCAC